GGAUGGAGCUGGUCCAAAUCUGGGCUGGCUGUGCGCUUCGAGGUGGAUGCGUCCGACGACGCCACUUUCAAGUUCAACGAGCAGCCGUGCCUCUCCAUCGAUAACAUGCUAGCGCCCGUCGACCAGGCCGACACGAGGUUUGCGACGAUCUCGAGCAGCCGCACAGCUGCCAUGCUGAAUGCCGUGAGCGCGAAGGCCUCGACGUACUUGGCCGACCUCGCUCAGGAUGGCAAGCUUUCGCCAGAGAAGGUCACCGCUGCGAACCCCGCGAUGGCCGAGCCGCCAGCCAAAGGACUGGAGUGGAUCGUCGUCCGCGCUGCCGUGGACAAGCAGUGA